AUUCACGGAAGACACACUUGACUUAUGACGUAAGGUAUAUAUUAAUUACUCGACAUCUCGUGCAUUCAAUACAAAGUAAUGCAGUAUGGUUAUGUCGUAUGAUAAUAAACAUUCCUAUAUAUCCUCAUUAUUAAAAUCCGAUUUCAAUUUAUAUACAUAACAUGCUUAGGGAAAAUUGUAUACACAGUUUCAAAUUGUACAAUAAUGAAGCUAUAAGCAUAUAUAUAAUAAUAAAAAAAUCUUUAUAACAAAAACAAAACAUUUAGUAUUGAAGCAUCAGCGCCACUGCAUUACAGUGUCGAAUCAUUGAGACUGAAACGCCUGUUCAGUACAGAGUACAGUGAUUAUCUGCUCACGAAGAUAGACACGUCUACUCAGACAGUGCAUAAAAAAUGGUAUCGAUGUAUUACACGAGUCAAAAUGGAAAUCUGUAUCGACUGCAUAGAAUCAGCGAGGAACGCCAUAAAUGGCGGAGCAAUGAGACUCGAAAUAUGCUCGGCUUUAUCGGAGGGUGGAUUAACACCUAGUCCAGGAUUAGUCAAAUUCCUUAAGAAUUAUUCUACCGUCCCAAUUUAUGCCAUGAUUCGAAUGAGAUCUGGUAAUUUUGUUUACUCGCAUGACGAAAUGGAGUCCAUGCUCUACGAUUUGAAAAUACUCAAAGAACUUGGAGUGGAUGGCUUCGUUUUCGGUGCUUUAACCGAAGAAGGAGAUAUCAACAUGGAAUUUUGUCUGGAUAUAAUUAAAGCGGCUAGUCCGCGUCCCGUUACAUUUCACAGAGCUUUUGAUGAAGUCUCUGACCCGUAUAAAUCUUUAGAAAUUCUCAUUGACCUUGGUUUCGAAAGAAUUCUAACGUCCGGUCAAGAAAAUUCGGCUGAAAAAGGAAUAAGGAUAAUCGAACAGUUGGUUAAACAAGCUCGCGAGAGAAUUAUAAUAAUGCCCGGUGCUGGCAUAACGACGAAUAACUUAUCACUCAUAAAGAAACAAUCUGGAGCAAACCAGUUUCAUGCCUCUGCAAGGAAAAGAAAAAUUGCAAGUGGCACAAAGAUCAAAAUGGGAAAUGCAGCAAAUUCUGAUAGUGUCAUGAUUACAGAUGAAGAAUCAGUCAGAGACCUUGUGAAAAUUAUCAAAGAAUUUCCAAAAUAAAUGUUACAUUAUCCAUAAUUUUAGGUCAUAAUUAUCCAAGUAAAUCCUUGAUAAUAAGAAUACGAAUAGCAGGAUUAUUGGAUUAAUAAUUGUAUUUGCAAUCCAAGUUUAAUACAUAACAUACGUACAAGCAUUGUUUAAUCAUAAAAACAUUAAAAUUAACUAAUGAAUUUGAAAGCAGGCAGUCCUAAGAUGAAAUAUAAACAUACAAUCUGAAUCAAACUUGACCUUUGAUCUAAUAAUCGUGGAAGUCAUAUUAAACCAGUUAAAUCGAGCCUGAUCGAUCAAGCAAGCAGUUCUAAAGUCCAAAAGACGCGUGCACAUUGAUUAUAGUUUACCUAACUUAUACUUUUCAAAAUGAAUGUAAACUAAUUAAAUGAGUUUAUAUGAUUAUUGAGAUGAGACGUUCUAUUUUCGUUACAGCUAAGUUGCAAUUAGCUAGCACGCGAGUCAUGCAUGUUAAUCGUGUUAAAGUAUAGUAAAUCACAUGAUAUCACAAUGUCAAAUAGUAUAUAAUGACUGUGUAACGCAUAUAAAGGAAUGAAAAAACGUAAUAUUUCAAAAUUAUUGUAUUCCCUUUUAAGACUGACGCAUAAACAAAAUCGCAACAAAGAAUGCCAAUUGAAUGAAUUGUCUUCUCAAAAAUUAAAAAUGAAUUAUUAAAUAUAAUACAGAUAGGCUGCGUCAGAGCUUAGGACUAUUUUUAAACGACCUGAAUCUUAACUUUAUAACAAUAAACAUAAAUAUGGAUGGAAACCUUGAAGUCAACGUCACUUCCCGCAGUACUUUAUUCAGUGUAGACUUUCGCGAUCCAUUUUGUUUGCGGCUUUGCCUUUCACGUUCAAUUGCUGUAAUCCUCAUCGGAAGUUGCUCCUGCAGUUUCAUAAGGCUUUUGGAUUAUUAAUUCUCGGUUAAUCUUUCUAUACGAUCGUGAUACAGUGAUAAAAGAAAUUCAGGAACACAAAGACUUUAAAACGUGAAUUAUUAAUGAUACUAUACGUCAAUUUGAUAUUACCAUUGGAUUCACGUUAUUCAUUAAUGAUACCGUAUUUCAUAUCUACUAGUUUUUUUAGCUAUGAAAAAUAAAAAUAGUGGCGUUAUGCGCGAAUGUUUAAAUAAAUCGCACAAAACGCCCCGGCACACGCUACAAGGAAGACAUAGUGGGGACUUAUCGCAAAACUGGAGCGAACCAGUUAAGGCAGCCGCGCAUUAUUGGCGCGUCGCAUGAGACUAAAAAUGAAAAUAAGAUUGAAAUAAUUGUCAGGUAAUUUCGUUGUAUGAAACCAACCUUAAGAAAGCUCAAUUUUGUCUGUAAUAACAUAGAAAAAAAAAAUAAAGAUUUUUUUAAUUAUAAA